UAUUUAAUUAAUAUGACUAUGCUAUCUACAUAAAUACGUUGUUUAUGGAUAAGCAUUUAGUCGCGAAAUCGCAUUACUGUCUUUCCCGUCUUUCUGAAAAAAAUCAUCAAGAUGGGUCGUAUGCACUCACAUGGAAAGGGUAUAUCCCAAUCUGCGCUUCCUUAUCGAAGAAGUGUACCAACUUGGUUGAAAUUGACACCGGAAGAUUGCAAAGAACUUAUCUACAAACUAGCAAAAAAGGGACAUACACCAUCUCAAAUUGGUGUCAUACUUCGUGAUUCGCAUGGCGUGGCCCAAGUGCGAUUCCGUACAGGAAACAAGAUCCUGCGCAUUGUGAAAAGCAUGGGCUUGGCCCCAGAUUUACCGGAAGAUUUGUAUUAUUUAAUCAAAAAGGCAGUCGCUGUCCGCAAACACUUGGAGCGAAAUCGCAAGGAUAAGGACAGUAAAUUCCGUUUGAUUCUUGUCGAAUCGAGAAUUCACAGGCUGGCACGUUACUAUAAAGCGAAAGGAUCUCUCCCGCCGAAUUGGAAAUAUGAAAGUUCUACAGCCAGUGCUCUUGUAGCUUGAUUUUUUUUAUUGUAUAUUAUGUAUAUUGUUUAUUAUAUAUUAUGCUAAAAUGAAA